GGCUGCGCCAGUUGCGGGUGACCUUUCGCUUCCAGCUUUUUUUUAUAGACACUCACAUAUAUAUACAUAUAAAAUAUAUAUAAUAUAAUAUGCACAAUAUUGCCACGUGAGAUCUAUACCUGGAUCAAACGGAAGCAUUUGGGACUGAGUAAUAGUUUUAUUUUUUUUAAUUAAUUUUUCCAUCGGAGGAAGGGAAAAAGGCGCGCUUUCCCCGUCUUCGGAUUUGCAAAGAAGCAGAGCCGAGAGAAAGAGAGAGAAGUCUUUUUUUAAAAAAAAAAAGACAAGCAAACAAGGUACAGCCACAAUGUGGAUUCAAGUGCGCAGCAUGGAUGGGAAAGAGACGCACCGAGUGGACUCUCUUUCCAAGCUCACCAAGGUGGAAGAGCUCCGGCAGAGGAUACAUGAAGUGUUCAGGGUGGCACCUGAUAGGCAAAGGCUCUUCUACAGGGGCAAACAGAUGGAAGAUGGUCAUUCCCUUUUCGAUUACAGCGUUGGCCUGAAUGAUAUAGUCCAACUACUGGUGAGGCAAAGCCCUGCCCUCCUGCCUUUGGCUAACAAAGAGAAGGAUUCUGAACUUUCAGACACGGACUCUGGGUGUGGUUCAGGCCAAAGUGAAUCUGAUAAAAACUCCAAUAAUGGGGAGGGGGCUGUGGAAAUGGAGGGACCACCAAGCACAGCAAGCCAAACUGAUCUGGUGGACCCAGGCUUUGGAUUCUACAAGAUCAAUGAGCUAGUGGAUGCUCGUGAUACAAGCAUGGGGGCCUGGUUUGAAGCUCAGGUUGUCAACGUGACCCAGAAAGAAAAAGCUGCCAACAAGGCAAGUGAGAGUGAUGAGGAAUCUGAUCUGCAAGAAGCCAUUGCUGAAGAGGACAUUGUAUAUCAUGUGAAAUAUGAAGACUAUCCAGAGAAUGGUGUCAUUCAGCUGAGCUCCAGAGACGUGCGUGCUCGUGCCAGGACGACUCUGAAGUGGGAGGAGCUAGAAAUAGGAGACGUCGUCAUGCUGAAUUACAAUCCUGAUGAUCCAAAGGAGCGGGGAUUUUGGUAUGAUGCAGAGAUCCUGCAAAAACGAGAAACCAGAACAUACAAGGAGUUAUAUGCCAAGAUAGUUCUUGGGGAUGCUGGAGAUACCUUGAAUGAUUGCCGAAUUACUCUUGUGGAUGAAAUCUACAAGAUUGAAGAACCUGGCUGUGCUGUUCCACUUACUGCUGAGAGCCCACUAAAAAGGCAGAGUGGACCUGUGUGUAAGCACUGCAAAGACAACCCUAGCAAAACCUGCCGGAUGUGCGCCUGCCAUGUGUGUGGAGGGAAACAGGAUCCAGAGAAACAGCUAAUGUGUGAUGAGUGUGACAUGGCCUUCCACAUUUACUGUCUUAACCCACCUCUUAACAGGAUACCUGAUGAUGAGGACUGGUAUUGUCCUGAAUGUCGCAAUGAUGCAAGUGAGGUGGUUUUGGCUGGUGAGAAGCUGAAAGAAAGCAAAAAGAAAGCCAAGAUGGCAUCUGCAAAUUCAUCCUCUCAGCGGGACUGGGGCAAGGGCAUGGCAUGUGUAGGUCGCACAAGAGAGUGUACCAUAGUCCCAUCAAACCACUAUGGGCCGAUCCCUGGAGUUCCAGUUGGAACCAUGUGGAAGUUCAGAGUCCAGGUAAGCGAGUCGGGUGUCCACAGGCCCCAUGUUGCAGGUAUACAUGGCAGAAGCAAUGAUGGAGCCUAUUCACUGGUCCUGGCAGGCGGCUACGAAGAUGAUAUAGAUCAUGGAAAUUCUUUCACUUACACGGGAAGCGGAGGUCGUGACCUUUCUGGAAACAAACGUACAGCUGAACAAUCUUGUGAUCAAAAGCUUACAAACAUGAACAGGGCGUUGGCGCUGAACUGCAGUGCUCCAAUCAAUGAUAAAGAGGGCUCAGAGGCUAAGGACUGGAGAGCCGGAAAGCCAGUGAGGGUGGUGCGGAAUGCGAAGGGGGGCAGGCAUAGCAAAUAUGCCCCUAAGGAGGGGAACCGAUAUGACGGCAUAUAUAAGGUUGUUAAAUAUUGGCCUGAAACAGGGAAAUCUGGCUUCUUAGUGUGGCGCUACCUGCUCAGGAGAGAUGAUGAUGAGCCAGCCCCUUGGACCAGGGAAGGGAAGGAGAGAAUGAAGAAACUUGGGCUGACAAUGCAGUAUCCUGAAGGGUAUCUGGAAUCUGUUGCAAACAAAGAAAAAGAAAACAGUAAGAAAACAGAAGAGCUUGAAACCCCGGGGCAAGGGAAAAGGAAGAGGAAAUCUGGAAAUGAAAUGGACUUCUCUGUUUCUCCUGCUGGCACACCAAAGAAGACCAAGGUUGAAGUCUACAAGCUCACCCCCAAGCAGAGGGCCCUCAUUAAAGAUGACGAAGCCAAUGCAAAGUUGUGGAGUGAAGCACUAGAAGCCCUCAAGGAUGGCCCGAAAUUCCUCAACAAAGUGGAAGAAACUUUCCUGUGCAUUUGCUGUCAGGAGGUGGUGUUUCGGCCAAUAACAACGGUGUGCCAGCACAAUGUAUGCAAGGACUGCCUAGAUCGAUCCUUCCGAGCAGAAGUCUACAGCUGCCCAGCCUGCCGUUAUGAUCUUGGCAAACACUAUACAAUGCAAGUGAAUGAACUGCUGCAGACCCUCCUGAGCCAGCUCUUCCCUGGCUAUGGCAAUGGACGGUGAUUCCAAAAAGCACUUCUAAUUUCAUUAAGAUUUUUUUUUUUAAAAAGCAAAACCUUGUGGGGUUUUUUGACGGGGUUUUAUUUAAAUAAAUAGCCUUUCAGAAAAGCUGUCACUGUUGUCUCCCUUCCCUGAAAACUAUAAAGGUUGAGGAACCUGCUUAUGUAUUUUUGUAGUAAUGAUUGCAUCUUUUUUUAAAGGAAACCUUCAUGGUUGUAGGAAUUGCAAAUUUCUCAUUUGUGUGCUACUAAAAUCUACAGAAUUGCAGUUUUUUUUAAUGGGGUGUCAUUUUCUUUUAAAGCUAAAAACCUAGUACAUGGCUUGGUUGCUAGAACAAUCUCUUUGAUCUAUGGAUCUUUUUUACUGUUAAGUUUGAUGCUCUUGAUCUUUUUGUGGCAGCGUUUUUAAAAAACUGUUAUCACAGCAUUUUUUACUAUUGUCCGUUUAGGACCCACCACAGUGAUCAUUUGAGACCCCUUGAUUCUUGGAGUGUUGACAUUUUUUGCUAAAAGCCCCCUUCUCUACUGGUUACUUGUCUUAACAGUCUUUAUGUAAAAGUUACUACCUCAGUCUCCACAUUUAAUCAGCCAGGUGCUGCUUCCUACUUAAUAGUGCCAUAUGGGAACACACAAAAGCCAUUUGGAAGUGCCUUUUUACUGCUUUUUUUGCUGUGAAAGACUGAGCUUUGAACAUUGGAAAAGCACUGAAUUUUCUAAACUGCCAACAAAUUUUUUGCUCCUGGGAUUCAAAAAUGUCACUACCGCUGCUCUAGAUCAUUAGCUUUAGAUCAGUGUCCUGCUUUGUGCAUGUCUGAAUAUUCCUUUUUAUCUUACUUAGAAUGGGAAAUUAGACAUGGGAAGGCUUGGUUGUAUAUUCGGUGGUUGGUCAUUCUUGCUUCAAACAGUACCAAAACCUUUACAGUUUAAUACCUCAGGAUAAAGCAGAGUUGAUACUAAAUCACUCUUCACAUUAUACAGACUGGAAUAAAUGUGCUUGUUUAACUUUUUUAGCCUCUUUACCUCCUUAUAAAUGUAUAAUAUUGUUUGGAAACUUUUAUGACUUUUGAAUUAUGCCACAGUUUUGUACAAACAAAAGUUCUCAAAAAUAAAAUACCUUUUCGUAUCAAAGAGAA